UACCAUAAAAGUCCUUCAAAAAGGGAAAAAAAAAGUUCCUCCCACAAAAAUGGUUGCUCGAGUUUCCAUUAUUCUCCCCUUGUCCUUAGUGGUAGCACUGAUCCUAUGCUUCGCAACCGUAGCCUUAUCGUCCACCUUCACCGAUGACAAUCCCAUAAGAGUUGUAUCAGACGGUCCACAUGAUUUCCAAUCUUCUGAUGUUUUCACCAACAUCGUUGACAUUCAUGAUGAUGAUGAUGAUGAUGAUGAUGCCCCCAUUUUGCCCAGAAGCAAUAUCAAAGCCAUCUAUCAAUUUGGAGAUUCGAUUUCAGAUACAGGGAACUUGAUACAUGAAAACCCAACCUUCAAGUAUGCAAGGUUACCGUAUGGCAUAUCUUUCUUUCAAAUACCCACGGGCCGCCCAUCAAAUGGACUUCUUAUGAUUGACUAUUUCACCAAGUACUUGAAAAUGCCAUUCCUUGAUCCAUAUCUUAAAAAAGAUGGUAAUUUUAGUCAUGGGGUAAACUUUGCUGUUGCUGGAGCAGCAGCACUCAACACUUCAAUUUUAGCUAUGAAAGAUAUUGUUACAUCAAAUGUUACCAACAGUUCUUUACUUGUGCAACUUGAUUGGUUUAAGUCCCAUCUUAAUUCCAUUUGUUCUACUGCUUCAGAGUGCAAAGAAAAACUCGGAAAAUCCCUUAUUAUGAUGGGUGAAAUUGGAGGGAAUGACUAUAAUUCGGUACUUUUUGGAAAAACCAGCAUGUUGAAAGCGUAUGAUCUAGUGCCUGAAGUUGUUCAAGUUAUAAAAUAUGUUAUAAAGGAAGUCAUUAAACUUGGUGCCAUUCGAAUAGUUGUACCAGGUAACUUCCCUGUUGGUUGUAUGGCAAUUAAUCUUGCCUUGUACAAAACAAAUGACUCGAGGAUGUAUGACGAACUCCAAUGUCUAAAACAUUUGAAUCAAUUUGCUGAAUUUCAAAACAAUAAGUUGCAACAAGCUAUAAGAGAACUCCAAAAGGAUCACCCACAUGUUACAAUUGUGUACGCAGACUACUUCUCAGCUUUCAAAGAAAUUAUUAAACAUGCAACUUCACUUGGUUUUGACAAGGAUGCAACAAUGAAGGUGUGUUGUGGAGUUGGCGAAAAUGAAUACAAUUUUGACAUGAAUAGACAAUGCGGAAGUGAUGGUGUUGUUGCUUGUGAACAUCCUAACCAACGCAUAUUUUGGGAUGGAAUUCAUUUGACGCAACAUGCUUAUCGAAUCAUGGCUAAUUGGCUUAUUAAAUAUAAUUUCGACCCUAUUUUCUCUAUGACUUGAAUUAUUAAUUUAUUAUUUGUCAAAAUAUAGGAUCAUGUACAUUUCAAAAUCCGAGUAUGUUGUAUCUAGUGGUAAAGGUUGAAACAAAGUUAGGAAUUUCGAUAUGUAGGAUUGGUUUGAUUUUCUAUUAACUAGGGUAACGAUUUAGGUUUGCUUGAGAACCAUCAUUGCCAGGCUUAUUUGACCUUUUAGCGGUCCAUGAACAUAUUUAUUUCAAUGUUAAUGCAUGAAAUAUUUUGAAGGUAUUGGAUAGGUUUGUUCAUCAA